UUUUAGGCUACUGCAUUAUCAUAGUUGCUAAAAGCAUUAGUUACAUUGAGUUCAUGCAAAAUUGCUGCUCAACAAAAUGGCAGCCGUGUUGACGCAGCAAGCUAUUAGUUUGAACAAAUCAAAUAAAGAGAUGGCUACUGAUUUCUUAUCUAACAUUGUCAGGCCAGAUGUUGUGCAAGCUGAUGAUGAAGCAAUUAAGGUUAAGGAGCAAGAAAUUCUUGAAAUGGGGAAACUUUAUGCAGACCAGAAUAAAGCCAAUGAACUGGCUAACCUGAUCAAAUGUGUACGACCAUUCCUAAACCUGGUGAGCAAAGCCAAAGCAGCAAAGCUGGUUCGUGCUCUUGUUGAUCUCUUCCUUGAUAUGGAAGCUGCCACUGGUAGUGAGGUUGAACUCUGUAAGGAAUGCAUUCAGUGGGCUAAAGAUGAAAGACGAACAUUUCUAAGGCAAGCUUUAGAGGCUCGUUUAAUUGCAUUAUACUUUGAUACCAAGAAAUACACUGAAGCUUUACAGCUGGGCUCAACAUUGUUGCGAGAGCUCAAAAAGUUAGAUGACAAAGCCUUGUUGGUAGAAGUGCAACUUUUAGAAAGUAAAGUCUAUCAUGCUCUGAGCAAUUUACCAAAAGCCAGAGCAGCCCUUACCUCUGGUAGAACUACAGCUAAUGGUAUUUACUGCCCGCCAAAACUUCAAGCUGCAUUGGACCAGCAAUCAGGUAUUUUACAUGCAGCAGAUGAAAGAGAUUUCAAAACUGCUUACUCUUAUUUCUAUGAAGCAUUUGAAGGCUAUGACUCAAUAGAUAGCCCUAAGGCUGUUAUUGCUCUCAAGUACAUGUUAUUGUGUAAAAUCAUGCUUAACACUGCUGAUGAAGUGCAAGCUAUUGUCAGUGGAAAGUUGGCUCUUAAAUACAGUGGACCUGAAGUUGAUGCAAUGAAAAGUAUUGCACAAGCCAGCCACAAAAGAUCUUUGGCAGAUUUUCAGAAAACUUUAACAACAUACAAAGCCCAGCUGGAAGAUGAUACCAUUGUUCAAGCCCAUCUAAAGACUUUGUAUGAUAAUCUUCUAGAACAGAACUUGUGUCGCAUCAUUGAACCAUUCUCUAAAGUACAAGUACAGCAUGUGGCAAAUCUCAUUAAAUUACCUCUGACUAAUGUGGAGAAGAAAUUGUCACAAAUGAUUUUAGACAAAAAGUUUCAUGGCAUUCUAGAUCAAGGUGCAGGAGUCCUGAUUGUCUUUGAUGAGGUUCAGUCAGAUAAGACUUAUGCCAAUGCAUUAGAGACAAUACACAACAUGGGCAAAGUGGUAGAUGCCCUGUACCAGAAAGCCAAGAAACUAUCUUAGUAAAUGUUCUCAUGUAUUGUCUGUACAGCCCAGGAGAGGGGGGGGCUGAUGAAUUUGUUUGAAGCAGGCUAAAAAGAAAAGAUCAGCUGUUAUUUUUUUUUAUAUUUAUUUUUGAAAACAAGGAAUGAAACAAAAAACUGUUACAGCUUGCUGAAAUGUAUGAUUCUCUUCUCCAAACUGUCUUAGGGUAUUCUCUUUGUUAUAAGUCAGCCUCUCCACCUGUUCAAACUUGUGUAUAUAUAUAUAUCCAUUUUAUUUUGACAUUGUGUUAGUUUUGAAACAAACAGGUAUUUUUACUUGUUAUCUUUUUUUUUAUAUUUGGUAAUAAUAAAUAGUAAAUUAUCACCA